AUGGCCCCGUGGAGCCGAGAGGCGGUGCUGCGUCUGUACCGGGCUCUGCUGCGCCAAGGCCGAGAGCUUCGCUACACCGAUCGAGACUUCUACUUUGCUUCCAUCCGCCGAGAAUUCAGGAAAAAUCAGAAACUUGAGGAUCUGGAGGCUCGAGAGAAGCAGCUGGAGAAGGGCCUGGUCUUCCUCCAUAGCAAACUAGGAGGCCUUAUUUAGAAUCCUCUCUUUUCCCCUCCUACCCUAAUUCCAAGACGAGGACAAAGGUGCCUUCAGUAGAUACUCCUGGCUCCCCUACCCCACCUCACAGAUGCAUUAGGAAGCCUCAGAUCCCUUUCUGGAAUAGAAUUCUUAAUAAAGACUUUUGGUCAACCAGGGAGGUUACAGAGAAGGAGAGUUAAAAACAAAGUGGUUGUUUUUCGGAUGGUGAUUGAUGCUUGGAUGGAACCUGGAGCUUGAGCAUGAAAGGCAGGUGCUCUACCACUGAACUAUUCCCAGCCCCUUGUGUGAUAUUUAUGGCUUUUAAGUUCUUGUUAGUUAAUUUUGGGAUAGGGUCUCACUGUGUAGCACUGGCUGGCCUGGAACUCACUUUGUUGACCAGGCUGUCUUCAAAUUCAUAGAGAUUCACCUGCAUCUGCCUUCCCUGUGCUGGGCUUAAAGGCUUGCACGCCCUGCUACUUUACAUGUUUUGCCUCUGAGGAGAGUUGGAAAGAUGGCUGGAAGGCGGGAGAAGGCCAGAGGCAAACUGCUUCUGAGGCCUUUUCGGGUGUUGUUUGCUGAACCAGUGCAUUCGCUGUUACUGCCACAUGCACUCAGGCGGCACAUGGUUGUGGAAACCUGGGUUUACUCAGUUACGUUCCGCUGUAUUCUGUCGAGCUAGGGAUCUCAAGGCUCUAAUGACCUCACUAAGGAGAAACAUUGGUGCUGUCCCAUUCGUGUGUCUAGGGAAAUAGUUUAGAUAAAGCUUGCUUGAGUUGUUCACAGAGCACAGCACAUUUCCCCCCAGUCUUCUUUCCUCCCUGGUCACUGUUUUUUCUCUUUCUGCUUUUUUUUUUUUUUUUUUAAGCCAUUUUAGGUGGUUAAAGUGCA